UUGUAUGUUGCUCAGAGCCAGGGUAUCCAACCGUUAGAACACUCAACCCAAAGCGUUGUAAAUGAAGUGGCGUCUCCAAAUAAACAGUCGGAACCCGUGGUGUCACCUGCCAAUGUCCAUGAUCAAACAACAUCAGCAACAUCAUUAUCUUCAUCGGAACAAGUGGGAAAAGAUACAGGGACGGCGGCAUACUACGCAUCUUUGGCUAUUCGAGCACGGCAUGCAGACGCGAAAGUGCUAAUGAUUGGUGAAGAGAAGCAUUUGCCUUACAAUCGUCCUCCGUUAUCGAAAGAGCUGUGGUGGUAUGGUGAUGAAGAAUCCGCGAAUACUCUCCAAUACAAAGGACUAAGUGGGAAGAAACGUGACGGUUUUUUUGUUCCACCUUCUGAACUGUCUGCAACUAGUCACGGUGGUGUGUCGCUCUUGAGAGGUCGACGUGUGUCAAAAUUGUGCCCUGAUGAAAAGAAGGCGUAUCUUGAAGAUGGACAUUGCAUCACUUACAAUAAAUGUUUGAUUGCUACAGGAGGAAAACCUAAAGUGCUGCCUGAGUUGGAAAACGUUCCUGAGAACGUGAUGGGAAAAAUACUGUAUUUAAGAGGAGUCGACGAUUAUCGCAAGCUUGAAGAAAUAUGUAAAUCUUCGAAGUCAAUAUCCAUUGUUGGAGGCGGUUUUCUUGGCUCGGAAUUAGCCUACAGUAUUCAAAGGAAGUAUAAAAACGUUAAGAUUACUCAGGUGUUGUUUAUAUCCUUCAAGGUCGUUGCUGAAAACGGGAACCUUAGCGAAUUUCUUUCGAAAAAAGCUUCUGAAGCACUUCGUGAUGUUGGCGUUGAUGUUAUCACAAAUGCCAAAGUGUGUAUGCUUGUUCAGGUCAAUGGCUCACAAUGUAUUACUUCUGAUUGUGUUGUUGUUGCUGUAGGAAUACAACCUGAUACUUUGGUUGCUGAAGCAUCGGGGCUUGAGAUUGAUAGUCAGUCUGGUGGUAUAUCGGCUGAUGCAGAGUUACGUGUUCGAUCAGACAUCUGGGUAGCCGGUGAUGCAGCUUCUUUUUAUGACAAAACUCUUGGCCGACGUCGAAUUGAGCACUGGGAUAAUGCACAGAUAAGUGGACGGUUAGCGGGUGAGAAUAUGACAGGAGCAGGAAAGGCGUUUUGGUAUCAACCGGCUUUCUUCUCAAAGAUAGCUCCUCAGUGGCAAAUUAAUGCUGUUGGAAUUACAGAUUCAUCUUUACCUACCGUUUCAGUCUUUGCAAAGGACGUACGGUUUUACUCAUUCACAGCAAUCUUACGGUUUUUUGUGCGCAGUAUAAUUUCCGCAAAAUGUUCCAGAAUAAUUUCGAUGAGUGCUGUCAGCGCGGAGUAG